CUGUACUCUGGCGUCACCAAUCACUGCCUCAUGUCGCCUCUGCGUCCACGCCCUACGGAGAGAGCCUAAAGUCUGCCGGUACCGGGCUCUGCAGCUUCUCACCAAGACGUCUACGGCCGCCGCUCACCAUGAAUUAUGAAAAUCCUCCACCAUACACUGGGGUUUAUCCACCUGGACCUUACCCACCAUAUGGACAGCCUCAAGGUGGGCCAGCUCCGUAUCCUGGUUAUCCACCCGCUCCUGCAGGAUAUCAGCCAGGACAGCCCGGCUCUCAAGGAUAUCCUCAACCUGGAUGGCAAGGCGGUCAACCUCCAGCCCCAGUAUACAUGGAAGCCCCUAAAAACACAGUGUACGUUGUAGAAGAGAGAAGAAGGGAUAAUUCUGGAGGAAGUACUUGUUUAACAGCUUGUUGUGCUGCCCUUUGUUGUUGCUGCCUUUGGGACAUGUUAACAUAAAUAUGUAUAUAGUUUUAAAUAAAAACCAGGAUGCCUACUGUUUGUACUAUAUGUCUUAUUUUAUGGUUUUCUUAAAUUAUUUUAAUUAAAGGGGUUGGCCACUUUCUGGUUACAGUUGAUAAAUGUGUUUGAGAGAUAAUUAUAUGGUUCUUACUAAUAUAGCUGUUGUUGAAAUUCGGCACCAUUUUCUAUAUUUCAUAAGGUAUGCUCCCUUGUUUGCCAGCUCUUUUGUGCUGUCCACACAGUGGUCUUGUCCCUAAAAUGGCUGCUGAUGGAGGGUCAUGUGACCAGACGCAUCGCCUCCAUGUGAUGCCUCCUUCAUUCAAAUCACACUGCAGCUGCACUAAAUUCCCAACAGAAAAAUGUGCACUUAACAGGUGCAGUGUGUUUGAAAGGAGAAGACAUCACAUGGAGGUGAUUUGCCUGGUCACAUGAACCUCCAUCAGCAGCCAUCUUAUGGACAGGACAUCUGUGUGGACGGCACAAAAGACUUAGUAAACAAAGUGACAUACCUUAUGAAAUAUAGAAGUAUUAUUAGUAAGUACCAUAUAAUCAUCUUACAAACACAUUGAUAAACAGUAACCAGAAAGUGGCCAACAGUUUAUAAUCAAUAAAAGAUUGGAUUCAUUGAUAUAAAGGAAAUUUGUCACCUUCCUUAUACUGGGCACUCUGAGGGCAGCAUGAGGUUGUGAGACACAUGUAUUCCGGUGUUUUGUCUACUGUGUGUCUGUCCUGUAGUCUCAGAGAAAUAUGCAUUUAUUUAGUUGCAGCACUCAUGAGUAAAGAGCCGUCAAUAUUCAUGAUAAGCUCACUGACCUGCCCAUCAGCCACUGAUUCACCUACUUCUACCUCUUAGAGCUCAUGCACACAGCCAUGUGAAGUCUGAGAAACAUGGCCCGUGUUUCAGCCACACCUCUCCGACUGACGAUGGCUCAUCUGACCUGAACUCACUACAUCAUGGUGAUUUAUGAUGCAGUGAGUUCCUGUCUGACUGCAGGUUUAUUGUACUACAAUCAGUUUUUAUUUGUACAGCACAAUAGACCCGUGGUCAGAGAGGAGCUCACUGUAUCAUAAAUUAUUAUGAUGCAAUGAGUUUGGGUCAGAUGAGCGGUUGGUUGAGAAGAUGCGGUCGACACAUGAGCCAUAUUUCCUGGGCUAUACAGAGUCAUGUGCCUAAGUAGAAAGCUGUCAGACAGCAGUGGGAAUUGCCACAACUCAUGAAUGCCAAGGACUCCAUGCUUGUGUACAUUGUUGAGAGGACUCCAUCCUUACAAGUGCUGCAACUAAUAAAGUGUACAUUUCUCCAAAGGUACAGGACAUACACACUUAACAGAACACUGAAAUCACUGUCUUACUACAUUUGGAUUCCUUUAAAUUUCAUUUGCUAUUGAUUAUUAAUAAUUUUAAGUGUGCACAAUUGCCAAAUCUUCUAUCAUGUUGCAUGCCUUGUGAUUUGUUUUGUCCUCUGUCAUCUUCCUUAAAUUGUCCAUUAUUCACAAAGACUGAGACAUCUGAAUUGACCAUCAUCAUAAUAAACCAAUAGAGCAUGUAUAGGAGACUUGGACAUUUGUAAGCUCUUACCUCUUACAAUGCAUGUAUGUUUGCUUCUUGUAAGCCAUUGCUCAUAAACAAAAGAAAUGUAAUUCUUAAAGGAACAUAAUGGUUUUGGUGUUAGGAUCAAAAGGACACAAGGAUUCAGAAAACAUUAUGCAGUUUUGUCUCUGGUUCAUUUAUCUUAACAAAUACAGAUAAGAUUAUGAGGAAUGUGUGAAAUCCAUAGUUUUAUUUUUUCUGGCAAAGAAUAUUGUCACUAUGCAACUAUUAAA